UGGAACCUGUAUCAUUAUCAUCAUCAUCAUCAUCAUCAUCAUCAUCAUCAUCAUCAUCAUCGUCAUUAUUAUCAUCGAGUUAUUGUUAUUACCGAAUUGUUUAAUCUAAUAUAAUAUUCAACGAAUACGAUCAUGAGGAAACUUUAUAUCCUUCGUUUAUUUUCAUCUUAUUUAUUUCUGAUCGUGCUGUCGUGUUCGAUUUUACAAAACAUCGUUGCGGAAAGAAGACACAUCAACCAACAACACGGACCACCAGAAUGUCCGAUCAAGUGCAUGUGCUUAAAGAGAACCGUCAAAUGUAUGUUUCAGAAAUUAAUUCGUGUACCAAGAGUACCGGCCAAUACUACGGAUCUGGAUUUAAGAUUCAACAAUAUAGCGGAACUACGAGCUGGAACGUUUCACGGUUUAAAGCAUUUGCACACACUACUAUUGAACGAUAAUCAUAUUAAACAUAUACCGGCAUAUGCAUUCGAUGGUGCAGCCAAUCUACGAAUCCUUUCAUUGUACAAGAAUCGUAUAGAGGAUUUAUCAAGCAAUGCUUUCGCUCAUCUACCGAAAUUAGAACAACUUUAUCUGCAUGACAAUCGUCUAACUAACAUAGCCAAAGGUACUUUCAAUGAUUUGCCAUCGUUGGAACGUCUCUUUCUUUACAACAACAUGUUACAACGACUUCCUGCUGAUGCAUUUAAAAACGUUGGCCCGAUGACACGUCUUCGUCUCGACAGCAAUGAACUCGUUUGCGACUGCAAUUUACUUUGGUUGGUUGAGAGAUUAGAAAAAAGACCAACCGAUGAAAUGGCUGCUAUAUGUCAAUAUCCUAACGAGAUGAAGGGUAAAUCGUUAAAAACUAUGACCACCAGAGAUUUUCAUUGCACAAAACCACGUAUAAUGGAGGGUCCGGAAGAUACCGAAGUUAAGAUCGGUGAUACAGUAACGUUUACUUGUCGAGUGAUAGGAGAUCCGGAACCAGAAGUAACGUGGAUGAGAGACUCCAACGAACUUUAUGUCGAUGGUGAACGAUUCUCUGUUAGAGACGAUGGUACUUUAGUAAUUGCUGAUGUCACUGAGGAAGAUACUGGCGAAUACGAAUGUAUAGCUAGUAGCGACAUGGGUUCGACUAAAUCGAGAAAAGCUAGAGCUUUGGUAAUUUCUUCGUCAUUGAGAUUUAGUCAAUUGCCAGAAUCGCAGACUAUAACAGCUGGAUCGGAUGUUUCAUUCGUUUGCGUACCCGAGGGUUAUCCCCGACCUGUUGUACAAUGGUGGACCGAUGAUCUACUUGUUUCUACUGGUGGACGAAUAUUAGUGGAAGAUGAUGGAAGGGUACUUCGUAUUCUAGCAGCUAAAGAAUCCGAUUCAGCUAGAUACGUCUGUCGUGCUAGCAAUUCAAAUGGUUACGCGGAGGCCAGCGCUGAUCUCGAAGUUAUACCUAGCGAAUAUAGUCCGCCGAUAUUGACCUAUCAACCUCACGACAUGGAAGCAGAACCUGGAGCUAUAGUCGAAGUACCUUGCAGAGCCGAAGGUGAACCGAAACCAUUAAUACAAUGGAAAAAGGAUGGUGCUACUAUCUCAGGUGAUAGGGCUCGUAUUCGUAUUUCUCGUGCUGGUAGUCUUUAUCUAUACAACGUGACGUCUCAAGAUACUGGAAGAUACGAAUGUUCGGCCGUAAACGAUUACGGACGUGCAACCGCUCAAGCUCUCGUUCGUGUUCGUCAAGUGGGAACGAUAGAUGCGCUUGUUAUAAGAGCGUUCAAGGAUGCUUCAGAAGAAAUAGAUAGAGCCAUCAAUAAGACCUUGGAAAGUUUGUUCAACAGCGACGGUACAUCUCGACGAGUCGAUCCUUUUCGAGUUGCACGAUUUCCAAAUGCGAUUGGACGUGCUGCUGCUAGACCAGCAGAACUCUUCGAAAGAACACUUGUUAAUAUUCGACGUAUGGUUAAUUCUGGUGUAGCUACCAACGUUACUGAUGAAUUUCGUUACGAAGAAAUCCUAACAUCCGACCAGGUACGAGAAAUCGAAAGAUUAUCUGGAUGUACUGGUCAUAGGAGUCAGAAGAAUUGUACGAAUAUAUGUUUUCAUCACAAGUAUCGCAGUAUAGACGGUAGUUGUAAUAAUCUUAGGCAUCCAACUUGGGGUUCAUCGUAUACAGGAUUUCGAAGAAUUCUCCAACCUAUUUACGAGAAUGGAUUUUCUAUGCCAAUAGGAUGGCAAAAGGAUCGUCGUUAUUAUGGAUAUCCAAAACCAGCAGCUCGUCUCGUUUCGACUACCUUGAUAUCAACGCAUGAUAUCACUUCUGAUGAUAGAAUCACUCAUAUGGUGAUGCAAUGGGGACAAUUUUUGGAUCACGAUCUCGAUCAUGCUCUACCAUCCGUAUCUAGUGAAUCUUGGGAUGGUAUAGAUUGUAAAAAAUCUUGUGAAAAUGCUGCACCAUGUUUUCCCAUGGAAGUACCACCCGGUGAUCCUCGUAUAAACAAUAGAAGAUGCAUCGAUUUCGUUAGGACCAGUGCCGUUUGUGGUUCCGGAGAAACAAGCUUAUUAUGGGGUCACUUAAUGCCUCGCGAACAAUUGAACCAACUUACCAGCUAUUUAGAUGCUUCACAAGUUUACGGUUACGACGACGAACUCGCUCGAGAUCUUCGGGAUCUAACAACGAAUCAUGGAUUAUUACGAGAAGGUUCAAUAUUUCCAGGUCGCAAAGCUUUGCUUCCUUAUGCUUCUGGUCAAUUCGUCGACUGUCGUAGAAAUCCUUUAGAAAGUUCUAUCAAUUGUUUCGUCGCUGGCGAUAUUCGUGCUAACGAGCAAGUAGGUUUAUUAGCGAUGCAUACGAUAUGGCUACGAGAACACAAUAGAAUAGCUCGUCGAUUACGCGAAUUAAAUCCACAUUGGAACGGUGAAAAGUUGUAUCAAGAAGCGAGAAGAAUCGUGGGUGCCGAGAUGCAACACAUUACUUUCCAACAUUGGAUACCAAUUGCAUUGGGUAAUACAACUGACAAACUUUUAGGACCUUACAAAAGAUACGAUCCUGAUUUGGAUGCGAGUAUAUCGAAUGUUUUUGCAACGGCAGCCCUACGUUUCGGUCAUUCCUUGAUUCAACCACGUUUAGAACGAUUAAACGAAUCUUUUCAAUCUAUUCCACAAGGUGCUCUACCUUUACGCGACGCUUUCUUUGCACCAUGGCGACUAGUUGAAGAAGGUGGUGUUGAUCCUUUGAUAAGAGGAAUGUAUGCUACAGCAGCUAAACUUAAAUUACCUGAACAAAAUUUGAACGUUGAAUUGACCGAACAACUCUUUCGUACGGCUCACGCAGUAGCCUUGGAUCUAGCUGCUAUGAAUAUUCAACGUUCACGAGAUCAUGGUAUCCCAGGUUACUUGGAAUGGCGAAAAUACUGCAACUUGACCCACGUAGAAACUUUCGAUGAUUUAGUCGUUGAUAUAAGAGAUUCUAAAGUACGACAAAAACUUCGUGAACUCUAUGGACAUCCUGGUAACAUAGAUGUAUGGGUUGGUGGUAUUCUCGAGGAUCAACUUCCCGAUGCGAAGGUUGGCCCUCUCUUUCAAUGCCUCCUAAUAGAACAAUUUCGUCGAAUUAGAAAUGGUGAUAGAUUUUGGUACGAGAAUCCCUCGAAUUUCCGACCUGAACAAUUAGCCCAGAUACAACAAGUUACCUUGGCAAGAAUACUUUGCGAUAAUGGCGAUAAAAUUGAUCGCAUUCAACCUAAUGUCUUUCUAUUACCAAAUGACAAUGAUAACAAGUUUACCUCUUGCGAUAAUAUACCAUAUUUAGAUUUAAGCAUGUGGUCCGAUUGCUGUGACAAUUGCGAGGACAACAGUAACACCAUAUCACGUUUCCGACGAAACGCUGCCAAAUAUUUGUCGCCCGAGCAUAACGAUCUAGAAUUACAAGAAAUUUCUCCCAAAGAUAGCAAGAAAAUAGAUUAUUUGGAAAAAAUGAUAGAGGAGGUUGAAGAGAAAUCUGAAAAACUACAAAGAUUCGCGAAUUCUUUGUCGCUGAGGAUAAGAGAAUUAAAAUCGUUAUUGUCCGAUGCCAAAACGUUGAAAUAACACGAUUAAUGUAAUAUUAUUUGUUAGAUAAUUUUUCAAUGUAUUUUUCUAUGCAUUUCUUUUGAAAUUUCGCACGUGCUUUUCAUUGAGACCAAAUUUGUAUGCAUUUAUUGUAAAUAUAGUCAAGAUGAUAGUUAAAACGUGAAACGCGAAUUAGAAAUGUGAGAAAACAAAAAAAAAAGAAAUACUUUUCCAUAUCUUUUAUC